AUGACCACACCAACGUUGAACGAUGCCAGAGAGGCCGCAUCUCAGGGUAACCUGGUGAAGGCUGAAGAACUGUACCAUGAAAUCAUCAACUCCAAGCCGUCAACACACGAUUUCUCCAACCAGGAGACGGCGAUCUACGAGCUCGGUGCGCUGUUACAGAAGGAGAACGACACUGUCAAGUUGGGUGCACUCGUGCCAGAGGCCAGAAACGUUAUUGCGACAUUGGCAAAGUCCAAGGCAGCAAAAGUGAUUCGUUACUUGAUUGACCUCUAUGACAAGAUUCCUAAUUCCACAGAUGCACAGAUUGACUCCUUGAAGGAAUCAAUUGAAUGGUCUACAAAGGAGAAGAGAACGUUUUUGAAGCAAUCAUUGCAUAUUAGAUUGGCAACGGUGUACUUUGAGAAGAAACAGGCUUAUCAGAGCGCAUUGGCGAUCAUAAAUAACUUGCUCAGAGAGUUCAAGAAGCUUGACGACAAGUCGUCGCUGGUUGAGGUACAGUUGCUCGAGGCCAAGGUGUACCAUUCUUUGAGAAAUAUGGCAAAGGCCAAGGCUGCAUUGACCUCGGCAAGAACAUCGGCCAAUGCAAUCUACUGUCCAACGGCUACUCAAGCCGAGUUGGAUAGUAUGAGUGGUAUCCUUCACGCUGAAGAUAAGGACUAUAAAACUGCAUUCUCGUACUUUUACGAAACUUUUGAGGCCUACAACACCCAGGGAGAUGAAAAGAAUGCAGUUAGGGCUCUAAAAUACAUGCUCCUGAGUAAAAUCAUGUUGAACUUGAUUGAUGAUGUUAAAAAGAUCCUGUCCUCAAAGUACGCUUCAAAGUACAACUCCAAGGAAAUCGAUGCGAUGAAGGCGAUCUCCCAGGCAUACGCUAAUAGAUCCUUGAAGGAAUUUGAAGAGGCUCUAAACCUGUAUGGAAAGGAACUCUCGUCUGACCCAAUCAUCAAAUCCCAUUUCAACGCACUUUAUGAUACACUAUUGGAGCAGAACUUGGUCAAAGUCAUUGAACCCUUCUCCGUGGUUGAGAUUCAGCACAUUGCAAUGAUUGUUGGACUUGAUGUGAAACAAGUCGAGGGAAAAUUGAGUCAAAUGAUCUUGGAUAAAGUGUUCUUUGGUGUAUUAGACCAGGGCAAUGGCUGGUUGCACAUCUACGAUGAACCUCAAAGAGAUCCAACUUAUGAUUCAUCAUUGGAAUUGGUUAAGCAUAUGUCCGACGUUGUUGAAUUACUCUACGAGAAGGCUGCUACUUUGAACUAG